AGCUGGUGCAGCCGCCGAAGGAGGGGUCCACCCUGGGGCGGACCCUCAGCUUCUUGAAAAAGAUGACGGGGAAGUCAAAGAACAAAGAAAAAGAAAGGAUGAAGGAGAGCAAAGACAAAGACGCCCGCUACACCAAUGGACACCUUUUCACCUCCAUCACCGUCUCUGGCAUGACCAUGUGUUACGCCUGCAACAAGAGCAUCACGGCCAAAGAAGCGUUGAUUUGUCCCACCUGCAACGUCACCAUCCACAACCGCUGCAAAGACACUCUACCCAACUGUACCAAAGUCAAGCAGAAGCAGCAAAAAGCGGCCCUGCUGAAGAACAAUUCUGCGCUUCAGACGGUGUCCCUGAGGAACAAAACAACCAACCGGGAGCGCCCCAAUUCCGCCAUCUACCCCUCGGAGAGUUUCCGCCAGACCCUGCUGGGCUCCCGCCGGGGUCGUCCCAGCUUGUCCCUUUCCAAAAGCGUCUCCACUACGAACAUUGCAGGGACGUUCAAUGACGAAUCCCCGCUGGGAAUCCGCAGGAUCCUGUCGCAGUCCACCGACUCCCUGAACAUGCGGAACCGGACCCUCUCAGUAGAGUCCCUCAUCGACGAAGGAGCCGAAGUCAUAUAUAACCAGUUGAUGAGCGAGUUCGAGACCGACGAGAAAGAUUUUGAGGCCGAUUCCUGGAGUCUGGCGGUCGACAAUAACUUCUUGCAACAGCACAAGAAGGAGGUCAUGAAGCGGCAAGACGUCAUUUAUGAGCUGAUCCAGACGGAGCUCCACCACGUCCAGACCCUGAAGAUCAUGACCAACCUCUUCCGCAAGGGCAUGCUGGAGGACCUGCAGAUGGACGGGGCCCUGGUGCAGAGCAUGUUCCCCUGCGUGGACGAGCUCAGCGAGAUCCACGACCGCUUCCUCGUCCAGCUCCUGGAGCGCCGCAAGGAGUCGCUGGCCGCCGACAGCAGCAAGAACUUCGUCAUCAACCGCCUGGGAGACCUCCUCAUCCAGCAGUUUUCGGGCACCAGCGCCGAGCAAAUGAAGAAGGCCUACUCGGAGUUUUGCAGCCGCCACACCAAGGCCGUGAAGCUGUACAAAGAGCUCUUCGCCCGGGACAAGCGUUUCCAGCAAUUCAUUCGGAGGCUGACACGGUCCUCGGCGCUGCGGCGUCAUGGUGUGCAGGAAUGCAUCCUUCUGGUCACCCAGCGCAUCACGAAGUACCCAGGGCUGAUCGACCGGAUCUUACAGAACUCCAAAGGGAACGAAGCCGACCAGCGGGAUCUGAGCACCGCCCUGACCUUGAUCAAGGAGCUCAUUUCCACCAUCGACCAGGAGGUGCACGAUUACGAGAAGAACGCGCGGCUGCAGGAGAUCUACGGGCGGAUAGACGGGCGCACCAAGGCCUUGCUACCCUGGGAGCGGGGCUCUUUCUGCAAGGACGAGAUCCUUCGGCGCAAGCUGGUGCACGACGGCUGCAUGCUCUGGAAGACGGCCACCGGGCGCUUCAAAGACGUCUUGGUUCUUUUGAUGACGGACGCGCUCAUCUUCCUCCAGGAGAAAGAUCAGAAGUACACCUUCCCCACCCUGGACAAGCCGUCCGUCAUCUCUCUCCAAAACUUGAUUGUCCGAGACAUUGCCAACCAGGAGAAAGGCAUGUUCCUCAUCAGCAACACUCCCCCCGAGAUGUACGAGGUGCACACGGCCUCCCGUGACGACCGUAACACCUGGAUGAGACUCAUACAGCAGACCGUCAAGCUUUGUCCUGACCGGGCUGAUUUCCCGCUCAUCGAGACGGAGAGUGAAGCCUCCCUGCGGAAGCUGAAAGAUAAACUUCAGCAGCGGGACCGGGAAAUCGCAGAGCUGCUAGACGAGAAAGUGGGCCUCUUCGGGGACAUCCUGGCCCUACAGAGCCUCCACGAGAACGGCCCCUCGCCCUCCGUGAACCCCCGCACCCUUUUCCGCACCGAGUCGUCGGACUCCCCCCACGGCGAGAAGCUGAUCCAGGACGCCGUCAAAGAAGUGGAGCUUCUCAGAGAUCUCUUCGUGGGACCCGGCUGGGACCGAGACCAGAACCACUCUCCAAACAGCUGCUCCAGCCCAAAUCCCAACAAUGCCACAAAUGGGGAGACUGGAAGCAUUAAUGGCUCGCUGGAAUUCACGAGGGUUGAGUUGGAAUCAAACCAGCGGGAUGGGAACGGAAACCAGCUACAGCAGAAACUACCACAGGAGGAGGUCCUGCAGCGGCUCAGAACACUCUAUUCUCUGCUUCACGGCCUACAGGGAAUUGUGGCUCAGCAGGACACGCUUCUGGAGCUCCACGUCCAGGAGGCGGGCGAACGGCGGGACCGGCUGAGCCGUACCAACUCCCGCAAGGACGCCUCGGCUGCGGACCGGCAGGCCUCGGACCUCUCGCUGCUGCAGAAGCAGCACACGCUGCUGCAGGAGGAGCUGAACCGUUGCCGGCAGCUGUGCCAGGAGAAGGCCCAGGAGGUGGCGGGCCUAGAAGCGCGGCUGCGGGAGAGCGAGCAGGAGCGGGCCCGGCAAGAGCGAGAGGCUGAAGAGGCUCGCCGGCAGCUGGCCGCCCCGCGCCCCACCCUGGAAAACGUCUGGGUCCGGAAGGGGGCAGAGCCCCGGAGACGCAGCUUGCCGGCUGGCGACGCGCUGUACCAAAGCUUCAUCCCACCUCUGAGCCGAGCAGGUGAGCCUCUCUCACCUGGCAGCCAUUCUCUUCACCGGACCUUUGCCAGCUGCCAGCGGGACGAGGUUGCUUACCACGGCGUGCCCGGUAGACUCCAGGAGAGUGAACAAGAGCUGGAAGUGCUCUCGGAGGAAGAAGGCAUGCUCAACCCGCAGUCUCCUCCUCCCAGCCCACGAGAUUUCCAGAGGAUGCAGGACAUCCCUGAGGAAGUUGAGAGCAUCCAAGAACUGAAUGUCGGAGACAGAGGCGGCCCUUCGGACUCUUAGGUGGGGCAGAGGGGUUCCCAGCUCCUGCCUGCUCAGGGAGGGAGCGGCCCCCCGCCGCCGAAGACCAGCUUUUUCUCCAAUCAAAACCACACCGUGGAACUUCAGGGACUUGGAAAGGCCACGCCUUUGGUGCGGGCGAUGGGAGGGGUGGAAGGAAGCCACGUCCUGAGAGCAGGGGGCAAAGGGCAGGGGGCUGGGUCACGCCCCCCCCCUCGGGGGACCGCGGCUUGCUCUGCAGCCUUUGUCGUGCCUCGUUGAUGGACGACGGAUCGGGGGACUUCUCUCUAUGGGUUCUAAGCGUGGGGACGGGGCGGGUAAGAUUGGGUACCAUAAAGGCCAGGAGACACAAUGUAUUGCUGAUUCCGCCCCGCCCGGCUCCUCAACCCCACUUCAAUGCAAUUUAACUUUAUUUAUUUUGGGAAUGGGGGAAGAACCUGCCCCAUCCUUAAAUUAUUAUUUCUGUUUUGUUUAUUUUUUUGCUUUUUUUAAAAAAAAAAAUUACCGUGGGACUCCGUGGCUAGGCAGGGCAUAAAGCACGAAGGGAACGCUGUAGGUUCUUAAGAAGCCCCCUCCAUCGUGAAAAAGGCGAGGAGCAGAUCUCUGAGCUAAGGCGGUCCGUACACAUCCAGAUCCCAGAAUUCUUACCCUAUGUUUGCACCCACGCGACGUCCGUGUGCCCGGUGCAUUGGAUGAGUGGGUUUUAAUUUCUUGAGCUUCUCCCUUGCUGGAGCAUUUCGACGUUGAAAUCCAAGAUCCCUCUCUAUCUGCCGAAGACGUGGCGGCCGCGUUCGUGAAACUACUGGCAUUUAGGUGUCUGCUACGCUAUGGCUCCCCCCAAGCAGAAGGGGCUAAACGACUCACAGACCUUCUGCCCGUGGUUUGUUUAUCGUGACGUGCAAUCCGGGAACCCGGACUCUCCCCGGACGAGCUGGAGCUAUAAGCCAAGAACAAACCAUGGGCAAACGGUGGGCUGUUUUUUUAAUCAGCCAGAGUGAUCAAGCAACGUGCAUUCGCUCACUGGUUUGUUCGCCGUAAGAAUUCUGGCUUAUCGCGUUGUGUGAAUAUGCAGCCUUUGACGUGCUCACUACCCCCCACACGUGCUGCCCCCAAAAAGCAAUACACCCUAGGGAGGAGGAGCUUUGCUUUCCUCCUGUUACACGCGACACAAAGUACAAACUCUUGGGAACCAGCUGUGUUACUGAGCCGCGUACUGAUCAUUUCCAGGAGAGCCGGGCGUGCAUGGCUUUGGCACGGGGGUAGAGAUGUCCAAGAGGGAAUGGCCAACCCCUUCCAUGAAAUCUCCGUUCCUGCGAAUAACGCCGGUUAUAACAGGUGACGUUUGCAGCGCUGAGACGCCUUUUUGCACCUGAGUUGCAGGUGCCAAAUCCUUUGAGAAGGCAGCACGCGGGCCCCUGAACUGCCGUUCUGAGAGCAGUCCGCUUUCGUCAUUUUCAAACAAGCCUUGGGGAGGCCGGAGAAUGGACAUGUAAUUGAAAAUUGCAGGAGAUCACAUAAGAGAAGAUCAAACAUCUGCUAUGGAUUAUGGGACUUGCGGUCCUUAAUUAGCAUUCCAACAACAGCGAUGAGUUUUAUGAAAUAUGCCCCCAAUCCCCCCCCCUUAGGGUCGGCUUUUGGAAUGACAGGAGCCUUCCAGAUUGUAUGUAGUUUCUGCCUCAGUGUUACUCGAGUAACAGAGGAGAAAAAUUGCCCGCUGCCCCGCCGCUAAAUCCAAGAACGAGGGGUGUUACUAGAAGAAGAAUUCACUCCGAAUUUCCUUUCCUUGGCUGACCGAAUAGCCAAAUAAACCACGAACGGGAGAGUUUAGAGCGUCCACCUGGAUUCCCCGGAAAUUUAUGUUAAUUACAAUGUGCGGGUGAUGCGGAUCAGGGCCUGCGGUAUGUUUUGGAGUGGGACCGGGGGGG